GGCUGGCGCAGUUCGCUGAGCGCACCGAGGCUCUCGACAACGUGCUGAAAUACCUCAAGAAACACCAGAGGGAAGAAAUAAGGGAGCUUCUGUGCACUUCGAUGGAGGAUUAUACUCCGUCUGACGUGAACCUUGAGGACUUUUUCCUGAAUGGGCAGUAUGAAUGUGAGGCUGCAAGGAAAGCAGACGUACCACAGUGGGUACGUGAUGCUUUGGCAAAAGAUGCCCAUGUCACGCCGUCAGAUGCUUUUGCUGGAGACUCUAGGAGUGAAAAUGAGUUUCCUAGAAUCUAUCCCCAGUCACUUACAACUCCCUGUUGCAGUAACGUGUUACUGGAUACGUUGUUCAGAACCAAAAGUUAAAUUGCAUCAACUAAAGGCUUUACUUCUAGUGAUAGUAGCUGGAGAACUGCACAGGAUAACAAACGAUCCAGAUCCCACAGUUUUACAUACUGAAGAUGACGGUAUUGCAUAUAAUGAAUUUCUAAAAUGGAAGGAAAAGAAAUUGCAAAGUAAAGACUUUGAUUUAGAUGCUGCACACAGUUUUUGCCAGUGGCAGUGCUGUCUUCAGAUGGGAUUCUAUCUCAAUCAGCUACUUUGCGCUCCUCUCUCUGAGCCAGACCUCAGUAGGCUUUACAGUGGGACCCUUGUGCACAGACUGUAUCAAGAGCUUAAAUCAACACCUUCAGUGGAAAAUCUGUUUAGCUUAUCUCCAAAAAUGACUCAGCUGUAUCAGGUUAUGUUAAAUACAGUGGAGUCAAUUGUAUCUCCGGACUUCUUUCAGAAGAUGACCAAGACCAAAUCCGAGUCCUGCAAAAAGAAAGCAUCUAAUAAGAAAAAAAAGGCUAUCAGGUGCACUAUAUCAGAAACUCAGCAUUUAGGCAACGUUAAUAGGUUUGCAUCACUUGCAGUGGAUGACUGAAAGCAUUAUUCCUGGACUAACUUUUAAUGCCAUGCAGAUGGAAGAAAUUAUAUUAAAAUACAUGACUGUAUUAGAAUUUGCUCAGCUGCUUCCACACAAGUUCCUGAUUCAAUCUUUACCAACAAUUCUUGCUUCCAGGAUUUUUUUUUUUUACUUUUUUUGUAA